AUGAUCUUGGAUAUAUAUGUUGACUCCAUUUAUGUAGAGGAAAUUGGUGGUGCUAGGGUGACUAUUGUAAGAAAAAAACAAGGCGGGAACUCUAUGACAACGGUUUUGCUGCGUCGAAGUACAGAUAGCAUACUUGAUGAUCUGGUAAGGGCUGUUGAUGAUGGUGUAAACACUUACAAGGAUAGUAGAAUUGUGCCUGGAGCUGCAGCCACUGAAAUUGAAUUAGCAAGAAAACUGAAGGAGUUUUCUUUCUCAGAGACAGGAUUAGAUCAAUAUGUAAUUGGAAAAUUUACAGAGAGCUUUGAAAUGAUACCAAAAACAUUAGCUGAGAAUGUCAAAGUUGGUAUAGAUUUAGAGGAAGGAGCAUGUAAGGAUGUCUCCACAUUGAAGGAAAUCAUAUCAUUAUUUCUUGUGUUGUGCUUACAGGGUAGAUGAUACUGAAUAACUCUUGAAUUAGAAGAGGAAAGAAAGCUCAAGCCGAAAGAGAUAAGAUGCUGCAAAUGCAAGAGUUGCAUUCUUCAUUUCAAUUGUUAGUAUGAAAC